AUGGUAGACCCGUCAGUCCCCCAGCCUGGCCCAGCGCGACUGAAGCCCAAUGCUGGACCAGACGAGUGGCUUGAGGCGGCCAAAAACUGCAAAUACCUGUCAGAGCACCACAUGAAGCAGCUGUGUGAGGUGGUAAAGGAAUACAUGAUGGAGGAAUCGAAUAUUCAACCGGUUUCCGCCCCUGUAACCAUAUGUGGUGAUAUACAUGGGCAAUUCUACGAUUUGCUAGAGCUCUUCCGCGUGGCCGGCGGAAUGCCCGGUGAUACACGGCCCGCCGCUCCCUCAACCCAAGCACCGAUUAUAACAUCCGAGGAUAUCGAGCCACCGACGACCAUUACAGACCCAAAGCUGAAGCAGAGAUUACGAAAAAGCUCACCACCUAACUCCGUUAUUGAAGACGACGGUGACGAGGAAACUGACGGACAAGCUACGAACGCAAGCAGGACGGAAGACACGUCGCCUAUCGGCAACUUCAUAUUUCUAGGCGACUAUGUGGAUAGAGGAUACUUUAGUCUGGAAACGCUUACCCUACUAUUAUGUCUGAAAGCACGGUAUCCGAAUAGGAUCACUCUUGUCCGGGGGAACCAUGAAUCGCGCCAGAUCACGCAGGUAUAUGGCUUCUACGACGAAUGCGUCCAGAAAUACGGCAACGCAUCUGUCUGGAAAGCAUGCUGUCAAGUCUUUGACUUUAUGACAUUGGGCGUCAUAGUCGAUGGGAAAGUGCUUUGUUUACAUGGUGGGCUGAGCCCGGAGAUCCGAACGUUGGAUCAAGUUCGUAUCGUUGCGAGGGCACAGGAGAUUCCGCAUGAGGGGGCCUUUUGCGACCUUGUCUGGUCGGAUCCAGAUGAGACAGAGGAUUUAACGUGGGCCGUUAGCCCACGUGGAGCUGGCUGGUUAUUUGGCAGCCGUGUGGCAGACGAGUUCUGUGCCGUCAACGAUCUUAACCUCAUUGCCCGUGCGCACCAACUCGUCAACGAAGGAUACAAAUACCACUUUGACAGCCAUGCCAUGGUCACAGUCUGGAGUGCACCGAACUACUGUUACCGAUGCGCUAAUAUGGCGAGCGUUUGUGAGGUGAGGGAAGACCUGAAACCGGUUUUCAAGCUGUUUGCUGCAGUGCCGGCGGAGAUGAGACAUGUUCCUGCCUCGAGGCCGCAGAAAGCAGAGUACUUUCUCUAA